UUUAUGCAAGAUGGCAGCCACCAUAAACGAUCUUGUGUGCCAGUUGUCGUCAGAUUCUGUUGAUGUUGAAGAGACGUUGAGCCAAUUAAAAACUGCUGUAUAUAUUUUACAACUAAAGGAACUCAAAGAUAUUGUGAAAACUCUGCCACUUAAUCACAUUUUUGCCAAACUUCAUGUUUCUAGCAGCAAUGAAUUGAAAAUUUCCAAAGCCAUUUUAGAUCGGUUAUUGGAAUGUCUUGAACCCGAUGUCAUAUACUCACAGUUCCGAGAUGAAAUAUUAUCAGGCUUAUGUCAUCAAGAUGAUGAUAUUAUGAUACUGUGCUUAACUCAGAUUAAAAGAUAUGUAAACUGUGGGGAUGCUAUAGAUAACCUAAUCUGUGACAUAGGUCUUCUUCAAGCAGUCAUCCGGUGUCUAGGAGUAGAAAGUCUCGCAGUUGCUAAGGUUGCCAGCAGUAUAUUAAGUGCAGUUGGAAAUUAUCCUGUAGGAAUAGGAGUUAUGUUUGCAAAUCCACUGCUGGAAGAAUUUAAGGAAAAUAUGAAGAAGACUGAUGUUGUACGUUACAGAGUAUAUGAUGUAGUCACAAGCAUUGCUGUCUCUAAUCCUGAUGCUUUUGAUAAUGGCAACCUUUCUGAUAUUCUCCACAUGCUCAUGUCAGAGGUCACAAAAGAUGAUAUACUUGUGCAAAUGAACAGCAUUGAGAUGAUAAGUUCGUUGGCAGUUACUAAGAAUGGUCUAAGCUACCUUGAAAAACAUGGAAUUGUUGGUAAAAUGGAGGAGAUGAUUGAGUCAAGUGAAUCUAAUCCUCUAGUUAAUCUGUUAAUGCCAGCAUUGAUCAAGUUUUUUGGGAGUCUGGCAUGUCAUGAUCCAAAGGAAAUUUGUGAAAAACACCGUACUUUCCUAAAGACUACAUUUGAUUUACUUGGAACUGAAGAUGCUGUCGUGCGAGGUGUUGUUGUUGACACAAUUGGUAUCAUUGCAUCAUCGUUAGAAGGGAAAUUUGCUCUUAAUAAGCAAGGUGAGUGCAUGAGAGAUGUCAUGAAGCAACUGGGUCACAUGAUCAAACAUCCACCAAUCGAAGUGAAGAAACGGGCUCUAAUUUGUCUUGUCAAUAUUUUCAGCAUCGCAGUUGAACAGCAGAAUGAUGAUGUGUUAUCUAUGUUGGAAAAUUGGUUUUGUCUGAUUGAUUCUAGUCCUCUGGAUAUCAUCUUGUCAAUAUGCCAACAACCUUUCCAAGAGCUCCGUUGUCCAGCGCUAGCAAUCAUAAAUGCCAUUGCCAAUCAGAGUUGGGGUCAAGCAUUGCUUAAUUUGCAGCCUGGUUUCAAGGAGUACCUGCUGGACAGGUCAACAGAAAAUGAAAAAUCUGGAAAGGUGGCAAAAUAUAAAAUUGUAGAAACUUUAGUGGAGACUUCGACAACUUGCUCAUAUUUUGGAUCGCCAUAUUAUAUCAAGCUAAAAAAAUUCAAAAAUGAAGGACCAUUUUAUGUACAGACUGAAACUGAAGUUGCAGUUCAGAGGGAGUGAUAUCAGAAGGUAGAACAUUGAUUGUUUUUUUUUUAUUGUAUAAAUUACCCAUCUCAACACUCCUCUUGGUAGGAGUAAAGCUACGUUCACAUCAAGCCCGGAUUCCGGUCCGGAGAAAAAAUCGUGAAAAAUGGGUUCAGUGGUAAAGAAUGGGACCGUUCACAUCAAAUUUGUAUGAUUUUCAAUCCGGACUCCGGAUCUGUACUGAUGGAUCUGAGAGCCAUUUGUAUCCUGAAAUCGUACGUUUUAUUUUCUUGGACCAAUGAGCAACAAGCUUGGUUGGUUCAAACCAAUCAAACGCAUACAUACUUAACGCGAAGAACCGUGUUCCGUGUGCGAUGUGAACGCAGCGUUCAAAAAACUUAGCAACUCACGAUUUUUUGACUGGGCUCCGGACCGUAUCCAGGCUUAAUGUGAACGUAGCUUUAGACCUGGCUGAGUUUGAACCAGGGUCUUCAGAAGCAGGAACAAUAUAUCUCGCUCAAGUGCUCAUCUCAAUUAAUACAGUGGAAAAACUGGUAAAUUGAAACUGAAGAUUCCGUCAUAAAAUAUAUAACGAUCGAUCCAUUUUUUUUACAUGCUCCUCAUAAAGUGUUAUGGAAAAGUAUGUAAAAAUUGUACCAAAAAUAGUACUUUUGGUUUGUAUUAAGAGUGUCAUUUGAAAAAGUGGCAAGGACCAUCAUCAUUGUCAUAUUAUCGUCAACAAUGUAAUGAUCACCGGUGUAACGUUGGAGCCAGAAUUCCCUGUGGCAUCAUAUGACGAUGGGGUGGGGGCUUGUGAGUCUGACACUGCUCUUAGACACUAGAGCCAUUUUCGGCUUGUUGGUAACAUGCAAUAUGAGAGACACAUUGUAUAUCAACAAAUAUAAUACAAAAUCAAGGCUUUAUGAUUAAACAAAUACUCUAAUGAAGUUUAUUGUCUAGGUUUUCAAUUUAAAAAAUUGAGAUUGAUGGUCUUGUGAAUAAGUUAAAAAUAAAUGAGAAACAUACCAUGUUAUGGUAAUCUUUUUUCUGCUUUUUUAUUUACCAAGAUAGGCUUAAUAAUUUUUCUUUAAAAAGAACAUCAAAGAAUGUUAUUUAUUAUUUCAAAGAGUUGUUACCAAGCCUAAUCAUAAUGUGAAAGGUUUAAAUGCAUAUUUAAUAUACAUUAAAAACAAUUGUAUGUUCUUUAAAACCAUUAUUUUAAAUUCCGAUUUCUGUGUUAUCAACUACCUAAGCCAGAAACAUGUUUUAAAUAUACCACUUUUCACUACAGUUUCUGAAUAAAAAUUCACCUGAAAUUACAAAAUUCUU